CUCCUCUAUCCAUCCGCCGAGUCCAUCCCUUGCAUCCAGCAUUCUUCACCUGAAGCCAGUGCUCGAUCCCGUUCAGAACUUUGUCCUUCUCUUCAUCUCAAAAAAUGCGCCUUCCCUCUUCUCCAUCUCCAUCUCCUCCUCCUAAUCUCCAGAGUCUCGCGCUGUCCACUCUGCGUGCCGGCUGAUUGAUCUAUUGAGUUUGCUUGCCCAGCGCAUCUCGGCCUGAUACAGAGAAAACAGAAAGCACCUAUCUGAACAAGAGAAGCACAAUGACGCCGAAGGUCCUCCAGCUCGGGAUCCUCACCGCAGACGAAGGCGCCCAAGCCAUCCAAGAAAUCUACCUUCCCAUCCUUACCGCCCUUACCAACUCAUACAAAGUAGCUGUUAUCUACAAUGCUUCAACAGAUACCAAGCAGACGACAAACAGCACCAGGAAGGCUUACACUAACGGCCAUUACACCAACGGUCACACCAAUGGUCACACCAACGGCCACACUAACGGCCAUCACACAAAUGGCACGACUAAAGCCGAUGGCCAUGAGAACGGAAUCAAAAACAUCGCUCGUGCAUCUUCUGCCGAAGAGGUCAUCUCCGACCCAUCGGUUCAGCUGAUCCUCAAUUUCAUGCCCAAUGAAUACCACGAGAUCUACACCGUAGCGGCGCUGGAUGCUGGCAAGCACGUCAUGGUCGAGACGCCCGUGAGCCUGAGCAUCCAAAGCGCAAGGCGCAUUAUCGAAGCGGAGAAGCGCGCCCCCAAUGGUGCCAAAGUGUUCGUGGCAUGUGCGCGACGCUACGCUCCGUGUAUCGAGGAGGUCUUCAAGAAGGAGGUUGCGUCCCUGGAUCGCAUCUACUACGCUCGCUGCCGAAACAUCGCGGGCCCUAGCUUGGCGCAUACGGCUACCGCACCGCGGAACAAGCUCUGGACUGCCUUGAAUGGUGCAGCAGCAUAUGGAUUUGCAUCGGAGGAGAAUAGGAAGAAGAAUAGCGGCCCGCAGCUCAUGCAAGGUCUACUGCAAGAGAUGUUCUUGGGAGAGGAACUGACCAAAGAACGAAUCGCCCUUUGCGAAUUUCUUGCCUCUCUGGGAUGCCAUGACUUGGGCUUGAUGCGCGAUUCGCUUGGGUUUCCUGAUGCUAUCUCUAAUAUCUCUGUGAAUGAGCCAUACUACUCGGCGUUGUUCCAUUAUUACAGCGGGCGGAAGGGCGAGCACCCAUUCACCCUGAUGUAUGAGACGGGUACCGAUGCCGUGCCGCGUUGUGAUGCACACCUUGCAAUUUAUGGUGACACAAAGACUGUCAGCAUCCAAUACGGUCUACCGUAUGCUCGUGGCGUGCCUGUGAAGGUCGUGGUGGAGACGGCGGAUGAGAAUGGGGAGAUGAAGAGGACCGAGAGUGUGAGCGGGUGGCAGGAGACCUAUGAGGCAGAACUCAAGGCGCUGCACGCCUAUCUCACCGAAGAUAAGAUGGCCAUGACGUCCGCCCGCGAUGGGCUUCAGGAUCUGAAGCUGUUUUACCAAAUCUUCGAGCAGUACGAUCGGCAGUGUGGUACUAUUCGGACUCCUCUGGGCUAAGCACUGAAAUUGGCAACACGCGCGGUUAUGCUCACGGUGGGAUGCUGCUCUAGCAGGAAAAGUCUCACAUGUAAGAACUAAUAUGCAUACUCUAAAUUUGCUAUGUGUUUCGAAGGCGAGAGGAGGA